CAAAAUAAGAAUAAAAAUGAAAUCGCUCAACUUAAUCAAAAAAUUCGUGAAUUGAGUGAAGCUCUUAUCAAAGAAGAGGGAGAAAAGAAUAGAUUGUUAAUUGCAAAGAAUACAAUGACAGAUCGAUAUAAUAAAUUAUGGAAUGAGCAUAGAAAUUGUACUAAUAAAUCAGCUGGUGUGGGAACUAGUACUAGUAUAAUUACAGUUAUUAAUAAUGGUAAACAAGAAAUACAGAAAUUUCUAAAAACACUUGAACCUGAAGAGAGACAAGCAUUAUUGGCCGAAUUUCUUGAAUGUUGUCAUCCUCAUGACAUUCACACUCAACAAGCAAUAUUAGAACAUUACGCAAAGAAAACUUUUGACUUAGUUGGAUCCCUUCCAAAUGAACUAGCUACUAAAAUUCUUUCGCUAUUAUCAGCCGAAAAUCUUUGUUGUGCUAGAGAAGUGUCUAAACGUUGGCGAGAAAUGGUUAAUGAACCUGAUCUUUGGAAAGCAAAAUGUUUAUCAACUACUCAAGAUGAUCCAGUUCCUCUUGCAUAUCCUUCUGAUCCUAAUCAAUGGGAAGAGAUUUAUCGCGGUCUUCAUUAUCGUGAACAUAAUUGGGUUCUCGGUAAUGUGCAAUCUGUUAAAUUCCUCAAAGGACAUACCGCAAAUGUUACAGCGUUGAAAUUGAAAAAGACCACAUUAGUUACUGGAAGUUAUGAUGAGACUGUACGAAUUUGGGAUAUGAGGAAUGGUAGGUGUAUUAAAGUUUUACAGGGUAAAGCCAUAAGUUGUAUUGAUGGAUUUGGAGUUUUUCUUCAA